AUGAUGACAUCAACAACAUCAGUAUUACAAUCAAAAUAUUAUCAACUACAACAACAACAACAACCGCAACAACAACAACAACAACAACAAAUUCAAUCAAUAUCGACUAUAUCAACAUUACAACCAAAAUUAAAAUUACCAAAAUCAAAAAAACAACAAUCAAAACAAUCGAAAUCAUCGAUACCAUCGAUUAAGAAAAAACCAAUACUACCGGAAUUAUCACCACAAGCUGGUUGGAUACCAUCAAAAACUAUUUCAUUCGAUAGUGUUAGGAUACCUAAAUUAGCUACAGCAUCAUCGAAAUUAUUAUCAUCAUUGAAAUCGAUGGAUGUACAACAACAUUCUUCAGCUUCUUCUUCAUCAUCAAUAUCGACACCAUCAAUUGAUCAACAAUCAUUAUCGUCGACGACUAUUUCUACAGCAGCUACACCAGCAGCAGCAGCAGCAGCAGCAAAAUCUGUUGUACCAAAUCUAAUGGUUCCAUUGAAUAAUGUAAUAAUACCUGGUCAACCGAAACCAAUUUCAUCGAUAAAAUCAAUACCGGUUGCAGCAUCAACAGCAAUUAAAUCAAGUGCUGUAGCACCAGUGAAAUCAAAAAAUAGUACCAAUUCUGGUUCAAGUGAUUUAGAUACAAGUGCAUCAUUUUCAUUACCAAUGAUGGAUAUGGGUAUAAUGGGCAAAAUACAAAUGUUUCAAAAUAUAUUUGGUAGUUUAUUGAGUAAAGGUGGCGGUGGUGGUGGUGGUAGCCGAUGUAAACCUAAAUGUCCAAAAAUGAAAGGUUAUGGAAAAAUGUCUGUUAUGCCUGGCUUAGGUGAUAAACAAGCUGAACGUGAAGUAAAAAAAUAUGUUGAUGAAAAUACAUUGGCAAUGUUAUUGAUGAAAGCAGUUGCAACAAGUGGUAAAGGCAAAGGCAAAGGAAAAGGUGGCCGAGGUGGUAAAUCAAAAGGUGGUGGCGGUGGCGGUGGUGGCUACAAAAAAGGAAAAUCAAGCGGUGGAUAUAGUUCUGGAAAAGGAAACGGCGGUGGUGGAUAUAACUCCGGUGGUGGCCAAAGUGGAUAUAGCAAUAGCAACAUGGGAGGAGGUGGUUAUGGUGGAGGAAAUUCUGGUGGCUAUGAUUCCGGUAAUUCUGGCGGUAGCUAUGGUGGAGGAAAUAUGGGUGGAAAUUCUGGUGGCUACGAUUCUGGCAGCUCUGGUGGUGGCUAUGAUUCCGGCAAUUCUGGAGGCGGCUAUGGCGGAGGAAAUAUGGGCGGCAACGCAGGAGGAUAUGAUUCCGGUAACUCCGGCGGCAGCUAUGGCGGAGGAAAUUCUGGUGGCUAUGAUUCCGGUAAUUCUGGAGGCGGUUAUAACGGAGGGAACAUGGGCGGUAACGCUGGAGGCUAUGAUUCCGGUAACUCUGGUGGUGGCUAUGGCGGUGGAAAUACGGGUGGAAACGCUGGUGGCUAUGAUUCUGGCAGCUCUGGUGGUGGCUAUGGCGGUGGAAAUUCAGGUGGCUAUGAUUCUGGCAGCUCUGGUGGUGGCUAUGGCGGUGGAAAUAUGGGUGGAAACGCUGGCGGCUAUGAUUCCGGUAAUUCUGGAGGCGGCUAUGGCGGAGGAAACAUGGGCGGUAACGCUGGAGGCUAUGAUUCCGGUAACUCUGGCGGCAGCUAUGGCGGUGGAAAUAUGGGUGGAAACGCUGGCGGUUAUGAUUCUGGCAGCUCUGGUGGUGGCUAUGGCGGAGGAAAUACGGGUGGAAAUUCAGGCGGCUAUGAUUCCGGUAAUUCGGGUGGUAGCGGUUAUGGUUCUGGCAAUAUGAAUGGAUCAGACGGUGGCUAUGGCUCAGGAAAUAUGGGUGGAAAUGCUGGCGGAUAUGAUUCUGGUAGCUCUGGUGACGGCUAUGGCGGAGGAAAUAUGAACCAAGGAGGUGGUGGUGGCUAUGGCGGUGGAAAUAUGGGUGGAAACGCAGGCGGCUAUGAUUCAGGUAGCUCUAGUGGCGGCUAUGGCGGUGGAAAUACGGGCGGCAACACAGGUGGCUAUGAUUCCGGGAAUUCUGGCGGGGGUGGCUAUGGCUCAGGAAAUAUAGGUGGCAACACUGGAGGUUACGAUUCAGGAAAUAUGGGCGGAAACGCUGGUGGUUAUGAUUCCGGUAACUCUGCUGGUGGUGGCUAUGGCGGUGGAAAUACGGGCGGUAACACCGGUGGCUAUGAUUCCGGUAACUCUGGUGGUGGUAAUUAUGGCUCAGGAAAUAUGGGUGGCAACACGGGAGGUUACGAUUCAGGAAAUAUGAAUGGAAAUGCUGGUGGCUAUGAUUCUGGUAACUCUGUUGGUGGUGGUCAGAAUUCAGGUGGUAAUUAUGUCCAAGGAAAUAUGGGCAACGAUGUUGGAAACAAUGGCAAUUAUGAUUCUGUAAGUGCUGGAAGUAUUGGACAUUCAAGUACUGGAAAUACUGGAAGUUUUGAUCUUGCUAGUGGCGGUCAUAAUUCUGGUAAUACAGGUGUAAAUAACGCUGGUUAUGGCACUGGCUCGAAUAAUAUUGGUCCAAAUGAUGGACAUGAACCAGAAGUAAAUGAUGUUGAAAUUGGAUUUCAAAGCGAUUUUAAUGAUGAUUAUAAUAAUAAUAAUAAUGGUGGUGGUGGUGGUCAAAAUACUGGUGAUGGUUUUGAUUCUGGAUUCGGUGAUGAUGGAAGAGGAUCUGGUCAAGGCCAUAAUAAUGGUAAUGGUUUCGGCUAUGGGGGUGGUGGAUCAUCAGCCAACGGUGGUGGUAAUUUUGGCAAUAAUCAAGCAGCUUUCCAAGGUGGUGGUGGUGGUGGCAAUGGUUAUCAAGGUUCAUCAGGUCCAUUAGGACCAUCAAUAGGACCAAAAGAUUUCAAUAAUCCACGUAGUACUGUAUUUGAAGAUAAUAAAAAUUAUGAUGAUGAUAAUGAUGAUGAUGAACAAAAUAAUAUUGUUGAACAAACAACAGGUGAAGAUGAUUCAAGUGAAGCAUUUGUUGGUGGUAUACCAAUGAAUACCAUAAAAGAAUUAGUUAAUGAAGCAAUAUCGGCUGCUGAACAUCAUAAACGACAUAUGAAAUCAAAUCAAAAACAUUAUGGUUCAGGUGAAUCGGUUAUAUGGAAAGAUCAUGAACAACAACAACCAAUUGAUUCGAAAUUCAAUCAGGUUAAUGAUGAUAAUGAAGAUAGUGGUCAAAGUACUGAAUAUGAAGGUGAUUCAUCAAAUCGUAAUCCAGUUGUUAAUCAUCCAGUGGUUAAACAUGUUCUACAUGAAAUUGAAAAUAAUCCAAAUUUUUUAAAUGGUGCACGUGAAGUAGUACAGUUACCGAAAACAAAAAUACCAAUAUCAUCAUCAUUAUCGACGUUAUCGCCAUCGAGAAAAAAAUUACCGACAAGCAGAAUAUUCGAACAGGCAUCAACAACCAGAAUGAAUAAAAUGUUUCCACCAACAACAACAACAAAAUCAUCACGUAGUGGUACAACACCGAUUCCAACGAUAACAUCUAAAAGGCCACCAAUUCGUUCACAGCCACGAAAGAAAUUUAUGGAAUCAAAAUCAUUAUCAUCAUCGGCAUCAUCAAUGUCAACAAAAUCGAUGAUGAUGACAACAACAACAACAUCGAAUCCAAUAUUUAAUCUACAAACAACAAUGCCUAUAAUGCAUCCAAUAACAACUCCAGUGAAAAAUCAUCGAAAUCAUCAUCGACAACAACAACAACAAUCAAGAAAUCAACAACAACAACAACAACGUAAACAACAACAACAAUCAAAACCAAAAUCAAAUCUAAGUAAUUUAUUGAAAAAAGGUUUUUUCAAUUCAAUGGCUAAAUAUGGUGAUGCUCAUAACGGUAACAGCAAUAACGGUAACGGUCAAAACAACAACCAGAAUAACCAGAAUAAUCGCAAUACAAGAAUAUUUCGAAGUUCAUGAUUAAAUGUUAUGAAUGGAUUUUUAUUAAAAAAAUGUUUUUUGUUGCUUGUUUUUUUUCCUGUUUUAAAUUUUGCUUAAUUUCGAUUUUUUUUUACUGAACUUUUUAUCAAAUUUUUUUUUCUUCAAAUAACCCUUUAUUCGCCAAUCAUCGAUUUUCUGAUCACAUUCAGUUCAAUUUGUUUGUAAAUAUAUAGCCCUAAAAUUAAUUUUCUCCAGAGAGA